CUCUCCCUCUCCCCGCAGCGCUGAAGGGGCAGCUGGACGCCAAGCUCUUCGGGCAGCACCUGGCCAAGGAUGUGGUGCUGAAGGCGGUGAUGGGCUUCAGCAACAACCCCAGCCCCAAGAAGCCGCUGACGCUGUCGCUGCACGGCUGGGCGGGCACCGGGAAGAACUUCCUCAGCCAGAUCCUGGCCGAGCACGUCCACAGCCCCGGGCUGCGCAGCAAGUUCGUCCAUCUCUUCCUGGCCACCUUGCAUUUCCCCCACCACGACCAGAUCAAACUCUACAAGGAACAACUGCAGAACUGGAUUCGGGGCAACGUCAGUGCCUGUCCCCACUCUGUCUUCAUUUUUGAUGAGAUGGACAAAAUGCAUCCAGGUCUCAUUGAUGCCAUCAAGCCCUUCUUAGACUACUAUGAGCAGGUUGAUGGGGUGUCCUACAGGAAAGCCAUCUUCAUCUUCCUCAGCAAUGCAGGAGGUGACUUAAUUAAUAAAGCAGCUCUUGACUUCUGGAUAAGUGGAAAGCAAAGGGAGGAGAUUCAGCUGAAGGACCUGGAGCCCAUGCUAUCUGUAGGAGUCUUCAAUAACAAGAACAGUGGACUGUGGCACAGCAGCCUCAUCGACAGGAACCUCAUUGACUACUUUGUCCCCUUCCUGCCCCUGGAGCACAAGCACGUGAAGAUGUGCAUCAGGGCUGAGAUGACAGCCCGUGGCUAUGCUCCUGAUGAGGAGGUGGUUCAAGCAGUGGCCGAUGAGAUGACGUUCUUCCCAAAAGAGCAGAAAAUCUUCUCUGACAAAGGCUGCAAGACUGUACAGGCCAAGCUGGACAUUCACGAAGACACGAUGAGGGAUACAAAAGCCAAACACUGA